AUGCGCGCGGACCGCGCCGCGCUGUACGCGUGGCUCGUCUGCUGCGCCGCCGCGUUACCCUCGCACAAGUACAGCACACGCGUCGUGCGUACCAAGUACGGACCGCUGCGUGGCAUUGUUGUCCAUUCGCACCCGCAAGUCGAAGCGUAUCUCGGCGUACCGUACGCUACACCACCACUGGGAAGCCUUAGAUACAUGCCGCCAGUGACGCCAUCACAGUGGCGCACGACGCGACUAGCGGACACCAUGGGGCCAGCUUGCCCGCAAGUUCCACCUGCAGCUUCACCUCACGACGAUGCAUUGCUAAUACACCCUCGCGCAAGGAUCCGACAACUUGAACAUUUAUUGCCAAUGUUAGUUAAUCAGAGCGAAGACUGCCUCUACGUCAACCUCUAUGUACCUACUAAUGGAGCUGAAGAAGGAAAUGAAGGUGAAAGUCUACCUUGUCUAGUUUUUGUGCACGGAGAAUCGUAUGAAUGGAGUUCAGGGAAUGCCUACGAUGGCACUACGCUCGCUGCACAUGGAAAUAUCAUCGUAGUUACAAUCAACUUUAGACUAGGUGUUUUGGGUUUUUUAAAGACUGGUGCUAAAGGGUCAGCACAGGGUAAUUUCGGUCUAAUGGACUUAGUAGCAGGUUUACAUUGGUUGCGAGAAAACUUGCCUGCGUUCGGUGGAAAUCCUGAGCGGGUCACUCUUAUGGGCCAUGGUACCGGUGCAGCACUGGCUAAUUUUCUCGCAGUAUCACCAGUUGCUAGAGAACUACUAAAGCGAGUCAUCUUGUUAAGCGGGUCGGGCUUGAGCUCUUGGGCGUUGCAGAGGGAGCCCCUUACGAUAAAAAGAAAGGUAGCAGAGCAGACGGGAUGUCACGGAGAUUUGUUGGAAGAUGACUUGGCGCCUUGCCUUCGGAAACUGCCUCUUGCUCAACUGUUAGCAGUGCGACUCGACCCACCUCGCUUUUUGGCUGGUUUUGCACCUUUUGUUGAUGGAACUGUUAUUGUAAAUCCAUCUUCAGCUCCUCCGCCAACGGAUAGUUCAAGGCUUGGUGCAGGGGCCGCGGCUGUAGCAACUGCUGCCGGCCACGAGCUGGCCGAUUUCCCCCAUAGGGAGCUUUUAUUUGGACUGACGACUACAGGCAAGUUACUAUUUUCUGGGAUAAUAUUCAGACAUUAUGCCAUCAUACUUUUGACAUUUAAAAACUGCAAAUCUUACUUGGAAUUCAACGCUCAAGACUUAGAGUUCGGUUUCAAUGAAAGUCGACGGGACCGCAUUCUACGUACAUUUGUUCGUAACGCAUACUAUUAUCACCUAAAUGAAAUUUAUUCUACAUUAAAAAAUGAAUAUACGGAUUGGGACAAACCUGUACAAAAUCCUUUAAGUGUUCGAGACGCUACUCUUGAAAUUCUUAGUGACGGCCGGACCGCUGCUCCUUUAAUACGGCUCGGAUAUUUACAUGCUCUUCGAGGUGGUAAAACUUAUUUUACCCAUUUUCACCAUUUGUCCCAAGAUAAGGACUAUCCACAGCGUCCGGGAUCGGUGCAUGGCGAGGAAUUACCAUAUUACUUGGGCGUACCGAUGGCUCAGUCUCAUCAUCAACAGAAUUUUUCACAGCAAGAACAACGCGUCUCAAGGAUUUGCAUAUAUUAUAUCUCCAAUUUUGUAAGGCACGGUAAUCCCAACGAUCCUUCGGCGACACCACCACCUACUAACUUAAUGGAUGAAACUCCACGUCUUGGACCAGACCAAAUGCUUUAUUGGGACUCCUAUGAUACUAUUAAUCAACUCUAUAUGGAAAUUAGUAGUAAACCAGAAAUGCGUAAUCAUUAUCGAGGUCACAAAAUGUCACUAUGGCUAUCACUUAUACCGCAACUUCAUCGCCCUGGCUCCGAUUUGCCAGAUGCUGCAAUGCGACAUCAUCAUUUUCAAGAUGAUAAUGCUAAUUACUAUGAAGGCGCUGUAAGGCCACAAUCAAUGUCUAGGGCCCAUGUUCCUCACGUUGUCAAUAUUGACGACGGUGCACGCGGAGAAGGUCGCAGUACAUUUUCUCCUCGUUCUGCACUUCCGAAACCCUCACCAACGCCACCAGUGAUAUCUACUGAGUGCCCUCCUAAUGCCACUGUUACGCCAAUGCAACCGGACGAUGCACUUCUUCGCCGUCUUGCUUCUUCUCAUUAUCAGUCUUAUACAGCAGCUCUCACUGUUACCAUUGCUGUGGGCUGUUUCCUCUUGUUACUAAACGUACUUAUAUUUGCUGGUAUUUAUCAUCAACGAGGCUCACGACCCAGACGCUCAAAAGAUGAUUUGGGCGAAGCUGGAAGCUCAUCGUCCUCAGAAAACUACGAUGGGAAACUGGACUACGAAAUACGUGCAUAUGAUGGAAAGGGGUUCGGUUUUGAGUGCAAAUCAGCUCACGGGUCUAGAAACUUAAGUUCCAAAUAUGAUUUACGGACGUUAUCGGAUUGUGGAGAGCCGACGUUCGGUGAAUAUAGCUGUUACGAUGAAAAACAUCGUGCUGCUCGUAAUUCUUUGCCAGACGUUAGUGUGGGAAGUGCGAUAGAAGCGGGAAGUGUAGUUUGUAUAGAUACGCAAAAGCCGGAUAUACAAAAAAUAGAAGGGCGACUACAAGACGUGAUAGGACGAACCAGUACUUUUGAACCCCGUGUAGUAGAUAGCUCAACACAAGUAAAGUUCGGUCCAGUUCUAGAUUCAGAGGUAAAUUCUGAAGCUAACGGCGGUUCGGAAACGGGAGCUGCUGGAGGUUCAAGCAUUUUGAGGGUACCACCUGUAAAUUCUACGCCUGUGCCACCGGGAAUAAUGAAAAAAAGAGUACAGAUACAAGAAAUAUCCGUAUGA